AGAAGCGCCCCUCCGCGUCCGCCUCCCCCUCCCCGCACGCCAUUACUCGUGCGCUCGUUUUAGUCCAAGCUUCCCACGACUCCCCGCGACCGGAGGAGGGGAGAGGGGGCAUCCAGAUCGGCGAUGGCGAUGGGGACCGCGUGGAUGCUGGCGGUGGUGGUGGCGCUGCUGCUGCUGGGUGGCGCGGAGGCGGUGUGGCUCGACCUGCCGCCGACGGGGACCAAGUGCGUCUCCGAGGAGAUCCAGCCCAACGUGGUGGUGCUCGCCGACUACGCGCUCAUGUACGAGUCCCUCCCCAACGCGCAGCCCACCGUCGCGGUUAAGGUUACCUCACCGUAUGGUAAUACUGUACAUCACAAUGAAAAUGCCACAACGGGUCAGUUUGCGUUUACAACUUCAGAAGCUGGAAAUUACCUUGCGUGCUUCUGGCUAGACAGUCCAGAGAAAGCAUCAGGAACAUCACUAAAUCUCGAUUGGAAGAUAGGGAUUGCGGCAAAGGAUUGGGACACUGUUGCCAAGAAGGAGAAAAUUGAGGGUGUAGAAUUAGAGCUCAGAAAACUUGAAGCUGCGGUGGAAGCCAUUCAUCAUAAUUUAUUAUAUCUCAAAGCAAGGGAAGCGGAGAUGCGGACAGUGAGCGAGAAAACAAAUUCUAGGGUCGCCUGGUUUAGCAUCUUGUCACUGGGAGUCUGCAUUGUGGUGUCCGUUUUGCAGUUGUGGCAUCUCCAAGGCUUCUUCCAGAAGAAGAAGCUCAUCUAAACUGAUAACUUGCUUUGAUCAUGUGUACUCCAGACUCCAGUGUUAAACUUACCUUAGGAAAAGUGAGAUUUUUGUCAUUGUUAUUUUGAACAGUUCAUGUGAUGGACAAAUACAGUUGGUUGAUACUCUCCAUACAUGAAUUCGAUAGCAAGCAACACCUGUACUACUACUAUGUGCAGAACAUGUUCAGAAUUGGUUCUGGAAUUACUCGACCGACAUGUGGAUGAUC